AUGUCUGACUAUGCAAAACUAAAAAAAUUGGACGAAGAAUCGCUCCAGAAACUAAAAGAAGGAUCGGGGCCCGUCGAUGAGUGUCUAUGCUCCAUUUUUAGUCCAGGCAUAGAGAAAAAAAGUUUCACUAAGUCUGUGAAAAGAGCUCUAGGUCUCUCUGGACGGAAGAAGGAAGUUUCCGCGGGAAACCGGAGCGUUGACAUACCAUUGACGUUUAGCAGAGAUGGAAAAGGCGUCUACACCACGAAGGAGGUCGUGAAGCGGAAAACUCCUUGCGGAAAAUGCGGCUGCGACAACGAGAACAUUGUACUGAAGCAUUCGUACGCGAAUAUACGAAUUACUACGCCUGACAUAUCGACUUUCUGCCCGUGUCCUACGACUGACUGUUUACCAGAUAAAGAGAGACUUCAAAAUAACAUAAAGGUAAUCGUUGAGAGGGCUGGCGUUUCCACUCAGAGUAUGCAAGAUAUAAAGAAUAAUGGCGAAGACAUAACAAAAACAAUUUAA